AUGGCUGUACAAAAUGCCUCACAGCAGGUGGCCCCUUCAGCUCCAGCCCUGGCACCUGCUGCAGUGCCAGCUCCAGUAGCAGCUCCUGCAAUAACGUCGUCUCCAGCAACAGCAACAGCUCCAUGUUCACGGCAACCGACCAAACAAGAAUCUGUCAAACGAAACCAAAGACCUGUUGCAAUAAGUGAUGAACGAAACCAAAGACCUGUUGCAAUAAGUGAUGAACGAAACCAAAGACCUGUUGCAAUAAGUGAUGAACGAAACCAAAGACCUGUUGCAAUAAGUGAUGAACGAAACCAAAGACCUGUUGCAAUAAGUGAUGAACGAAACCAAAGACCUGUUGCAAUAAGGGAUGAACGAAACCAAAGACCUGUUGCAAUAAGUGAUGAACGAAACCAAAGACCUGUUGCAAUAAGUGAUGAACGAAACCAAAGACCUGUUGCAAUAAGUGAUGAACGAAACCAAAGACCUGUUGCAAUAGAUGAUGCAGAAAAUGGAGCAGAUGGUGUGCAGGAUAGAACAACAGAUUAA